UGUUUUAAAUAAUAACUUUUAGUUGUCACCAUUUGUAGAAGAGUUUAACAGAAUUAAGAUUCAUCUGCGAAUUGAAACCGUUAGUAAUACAGGAGGUCUUGACCCCAAACAAAAAAAACUAGCAUCUUGACACCACUUUUUCAAAUAAGUUCUAGUCAUGGUCAAGAAUACUUUGUUUUCUUUGUGGGCUGAAGAGGAUUGGCCGCUUUUGGACCUGCCUACACUAUUUUGUUUUCAGAAAACAUAAGGUGAUAUUUGUGUUGAUCACUAAACAUUUUUUCUGAAGAAAAAGCCUCUUUUAGAUACAGCUGAGGACCUCAUCUCGGAUUAGGCUAACUGUGAGUGAUGAAGCAUAGAAUAACCUGAGAUCAGAGUUCUUUGUGAACUAAGUGUCAAGUUGGGAAGUUGAAGGAGUUGCUUUUCGUCUUUUGUUUUCCUUCAUUUGGCGGUGAGUAUUCUUUUUGCAUGCUGGGAGAAUAACUUUUUUUGCUUUGCUUUAGCUAACUAACUAGUGAUGACUUAACUAAUCAAUACUGUUUCUUUCUUCGUUCUGAUGCGGUCAUUGCUGACUAGGACAGAAUAUUUUGCUCAUUCCUAAUUAUCCUUGAGAAGGUGGUGAGCUCCAUUCUUGAUCUGCAGUCCUUGGGAUUAAUAAACUUACAUAGAUGUGACUGGAUUGGUACAAUGCAAUGACUGAAAUGUGGGAAUCUGGAAUGCGUUGCUAAGUCUGUGGUAAAUGUCUGUCGCUUUGGCUCAGUUGCUGAACUAGAGUCCUGAGUUUCAGACAUUGCAGGGCAUUGGUGAGAGGGUUAAUUAACUGAACACUUUGUUUCAUGAGGCAGUUGGACCUCCGAGGUGAAGAAAACGUUUAUCGUCAGCCAGUGAUCACGAACAGGACGAUUUGACUGGAGAGACAGUAUCAGGCAGGGAAUUAAAGCACGAAUCCUGGAAACGUUGGUUAUGCUUAUUCUUCUUGGUCUACUUAUUUUGGGAAUAGUCUGGGUAGCAUCUGCUUUGAUUGAUAACGAUGCUGCCAGUAUGGAAUCUUUGUAUGAUCUUUGGGAAUUUUAUCUUCCUUAUUUAUAUUCCUGCAUUUCGUUAAUGGGAGGUUUAUUACUUCUAUUGUGUACACCGGUGGGCCUCUCCAGAAUGUUCACAGUAAUGGGACAGUUGCUAGUGAAGCCUACAAUCCUGGAAGACUUGGAUGAACAAAUCCACUGCAUAAUUCUGCAGGAAGAAGCGCUUAUAAGGAGGUUAAAUGGUGCUUAUAUGACAUCCUAUUUGAAAUAUGAUUCUGAUGAACUUGAGCAAGAAUUGGAUGGUGUAAGAAGCAAGAGAUCAAAACUUGAACGACGCAAGAAAGCUUCUGCAUGGGAGCGGAAUCUGGUUUAUCCUGUUGUCAUGCUGAUACUACUGUCGGGAACGACAAUCUCUGUCCUUUUGGUUGCUUUCAAUAUACUGGCUCUGUUGGUUGAUGAAACUGCAAUGCCAAAAGGAUCACAGGAACUGGGCCUUGGUAAAGCUUCCCUGUCUGCAUUUGGGUUUGUUGGUGCAGCGAUUGAAAUCAUCCUGAUUUUCUAUCUGAUGGUGUCCUCUGUCGUCGGCUUCUAUAGCCUCCGGUUCUUUGCAGCCCUUACUCCCACGAAAGACGACACAACUAUGACAAAGAUUAUUGGAAAUUGUGUCUCAAUAUUGGUCCUUAGUUCUGCAUUACCGGUUAUGUCCCGAACCUUGGGGAUAACCAGAUUUGACCUACUUGGAGACUUUGGAAGGUUCAAUUGGCUGGGCAAUUUUUACAUUGUGCUUUCAUACAAUCUAUUAUUUGCUGUGGUAACGUCUCUCUGCCUGAUCCGAAAGUUUACAUCUGCUGUAAGAGAAGAACUUCUAAAAGCUUUAGGUCUGAAUAGUCUACACCUUUCAAAUCGGACACAAGAGUCAGAGAAGGUUCUGCAUUCUGCAAAUGGACACCAAAAGUCAUUCUGAUACCUGACAACAUGGCAAGCAACCUUCAGGAUGCAAACAAUUCAGCCACAUGACAAUUCCGCUCCCUUCAGUUCUGCUGGGAGUCUUGACAGUCAUUUAUUUUCAGCUGCUAGUGAAAGUCAGUGAAGGGUUCUGUUGUGGAACAGUUUUAUCUGAGAAAUGCACAGGAAGUACAUGUCUGGGGCUCAUUCCAUUUCAGCAAGAGUUUGUGGUAUGGCUAAAUGUGCUUAGCUUGGAUUAUCAUGCUGCAUUUAGACUAACUUCUACAGAUCAUUUGAUUAUGGUUUGAGAUUCCUUUGGGUGUGAUUAAUGUUUUGAGUCAUGAGGAGGUAAUUGCCUAGUUUCUCACUAAAACACUCAUCCAGUACUACUACUAGAAAAUGUGCCACCAAGAGAGAUCUGUUUGUGAAGCCUUGGCAUGCAAGCAUGUUCUUCCAGGGAGCUGUGGUUUUUCGGCUGUUGAUUAGAUUGACAUUGUGGAGCCGUUCUCAUUUUCUGGUUUUGGAACAGAAUACCUCCAUUUCAAUUCCGCCAACUUGGACUCCAUCCUAUGCAGACACAUUAAAAUUGCAGUAAGGAUGCAGUUUUAUCAGAAAGGAAAUGUUUGUUGGCUAAACUCUCUCAUUGCAUUAUGACAGGUCUGUUUUCGAUCUACUGUUGUAAAACAGAAUUUUGUGUUUUUUUUUUAAAAUUAUUGAAUGAGGUCCGAUCUGGAUUAAUGUCGCUAUAAGAUGAAUGCCCCCUUCAUAGCUGCAACUGGAAGCUAGUACACUUGCUAUUUCCUCUCUCAACCCAGUUCCCAAAAGUGUCCUGAUCUGCAUAUUAUUAGACCUAUUCUGACAGGUGGUCUUCACAAUGCUUGGAUAAACAAAUUGCAGUGAAACUGCUUCCUGUUUUUCCUAUUCUGUUUCAUUGAUUGUAAAGACUAGGAAUGUAUGUACAGCCAUUAUAAGUAUCAGUCUUAUGUUUAUAAUUCCAAUGUCACUGCAACUCAGUAAUAAAUUUGACUGGUAUCUUGAAUCUUAAAAUGUCCCACCCUAUUAUUAGUCAUUAAUUGGUUGUAACAGAGAUGACUUGGGUAAGAAACACGAUUAAUGCUGAGAGUUUGUCAUUUGAAGCCAGAUAAAUUACUUCACGAUAUGCAGGUUUGAAACUUCGGGCAGAUUUCCCUCACCCAUGCCCCAGUGACAUAUUUGAAGAUUGGUGGUGCUGUGUAAUUGGGGACCCUGCUGCACUCCUGCUUCUGCCCAAUUAUUUUCAAGGCAGAAAGACUCAAUGAUGGUCUGUCUACCUGUCUAGUUGGCCACUAUUUAACCAGUGACGAACAGGGAAAUUACUGUCUGGAGAACACGUAAAGCAAAUUCUAUUAUUGGGAUGGUUGUCUCCCGGAUGAUGGGGAUGUCACUUGGUCAAAAGCAUUCGCUACCUAAUCAAGGAGCCCAACACUGGGAAACUGGGAGGCCCACAGAAAGCCAUCACUGUGCUCUUUCUUCUGACACUCUCAGGCCAGUGACCCCAAUCCUGCCCGCAAGUCUUUUGGGGUGUAAGUCCCAAAUUAAUUCUUGGCAUUUCCUUUGGUUAAUUAACUGGUAGCAGCUACCACUUCUGUUGCUGAUGAGCAUGGAGAGCUAUGGUCAUCUUCUUGACUCACCACUCUUUGGCAGUGUGCUGAAAGGAAUUUUGCCCCGGGAUCCAAUAUGCUGAUAAAGGGCACCAGUAUCUGAUGGACACUUGAUACGAGUCCUUCCCCAAUAGAGGUAAUGUUUGGCUCUGGCCAGUUUUCCAACCAAUGAAUGAGACUGCUUUGUGAAGAUUAAAUUCUGUCUCUAAAACAGGAUGUCUCCCAGUUGUUUGCUGAAAUCUAUUCCUGAAGUUACUUCUGCCACCGUUAAAUUCUUGGUUCAUUGCUGUAAGAGCGGUUAAUCCUCUUCUAAAGCAUUAAUCAUAAUUCUUUUAAAAUAAGGAUUAUAAGGAAGGGAUUUUUAGGGAAAAAAAUGAAAUUCAUAAAUAAAAAUCAGAUGUUUCAUUGUAGUUCAUCUCCAGCAUGAAAUGCACUGAAAGAAAUUCAAGGAAGAAACACAUACUAAAACUUGUAAAUCAGCCCUUGCGGUGAGCAGAGGUGGAUGUCUAUCAACAUCUAACAAACAUGGUAUACCCUUUCUGUCUUCACUUGGUAUCUUCCAUACUGCUGAUUUUAUUUGUGGUGAUGUCAACAGCCAUCCCAAAACAGUAAGUUUUAAUCUCCUUCCCUCCCCCGCCCCAAACUAUAACAUGUCGUGUCACCUUGCCUAAAUUAUAACAGCAACCGUCCUUCAAUGGUAGUCCGUUGAUUGUAAAGUAAUUGUAAUGCCCUAAGGAUGUGCAAGGGGUAAUGCUGAAGGUUUUGUUGUUACUUAUCAGUACAUUGAUUCAUUGUAGUUCUAAGUUUAUUUUUAAAUUUGUGCCCAGUAACCACUUUAGGUGAUCUAAGUGAAAUCCCCUUGAAUUAUAUUAGAAUUCUUUAUAGGAUUUGUGAAAGAGUGCUUCGGCUUAUGGGCAUUUUUUUCGGAUGUUGCACACUGUCAAACUCGUGCCACAAUACUCUUAGCUCAAAUUAGUGUGUUCAAAUUCUGGUCAUUUAUUAGGGAAUAAUGACAGGUAUUCCAAUUUCUAAUAUCAUUACCAUGAACCGUGAAAUAAUCCGGGCACUUGUACUUGUCUGCUAUCCAAAAACUGGGUACCAGGCCAGUAACUACAACAUUAUACCAUUGUAGCCUGUGUCAUUCUCGGAGAUGUGGCAUGCUUUUCAAAUUUAUUCAAAGACUAUGCUCUCAUUCUUCUGAAUUUUGCAGACCUUGGUUACCUUGCAUCAAGGUUAACUGUUUAUAUUAGUUAUGAUGUUUUCAUAAACCCUUGUAUGUAGAUUUUAGAGUGAACAAAAAGGCAUGUCGUUACCAAAUAAUUAGACUAACAAGUAGCUGAAAGAAAGCUGUAUUCACCAGUGUCUGACAAUCUUUUCCUGUCAACUUUUGCUUUUAGGGAAAGGAUGUAAAGAAUAAAUUUUGAAAUGUGUUUUAUGCUCAGUAAGUUCUGCAGCAAGUUGAACUUGGCCUUUUGAAUGAAUUGGGAAAUUUAAAAAUAUUUUCAGCUUAAGUCUUUUCAAACACACAAUCUGUAAAAUACAUACGUCCUAUUUGACUGGUUUGUAAGAUUUGGAAACUUAAGAACCACCUCAACGAUUUGUGAUGAGUAACUAUCACUUCAACAUGUUGGCAAGCACUUCAUUGUUUACAUUCUUUUUGAUCCAAACUUCUCUUCAGUCACAUUAAUCGUGCAAUACUUUGCAUAUUUUGACCUUGAUUUCACUUCAUGGCAGCUCAUAUUCCUUAAUUGUAAUGUAGAUCAUGUCUGGUCAGUGCAGUUGUUGUGGUUCAUUAUAGAUUAAGUUCCUGAGGCUUUUUUUGCUGGUCCCCAAUGAUGUUUUGUGAAGUAGGUGGAUAGGUAGGUUGAUUUAUUCUUAAAUAGCAUGAGCAUUAUUGGUAAAUAAACCACUAAAUUCAUGGGGUGUUUUUAGAAGCAUCAGCAAACACUUGCUUGUAUUCAUCCAACUCAUAAAGGCAGUUUUCAGGACAUAUGGAGUAAAUGGGGAGAAAGUUGUCCCAUGCAUCAAGCCAUUCCAUUUAUUUGUCAGCUUGCGUGUGAGUGGAUCGAACUAGAUGCCAAAGUUCAGACUCCUAUUCUAUGCUUUUCUUUUUAAUUAAUGGUAGAAGUGACUAUGCAUUAAGAGGAUUUGAUUUGUUGUCAUCAGAUUUUCAUUGUGGCAGAUAUGACAGUCUCCCAAAACGUUUGUAGGAUCUAAGAAUGCAGUUUACUUCUGUCCUUCAAAACCAAACCAUUGUCUGCUGAUAUUUUUUUUGAAGUUUCACGUGAAUUAAAUAUUUCCGUUUUUCUGUCAGAGAACAUAUGAAGGAGUUUUCGUCUAUUAAGUUUUAAGGUUUUUUUUUUAACACAAGUGGAAUGCGAGCAUCUCCGCUGUCACACAAUAAUCCUUUUGCCAGCUUUACACAAAAAACCCUCAAAAUUCUGCCAAAUAGUUGUGUCAUGAGUGUCGCGUGUGAAUCCGCUAACAGUUUCAAGUCAUCUGUUCAAGAAAAUUUCAAUGCCAUGAGUUAGUCCUUGUGUUUGGACUCUGUGUUAAUGUGUUGAGCAGCAGUGCCCAGCUUGGUCAUGAAGGCUGGGCCCUGUGCAUUUAAGAGGAUACUUGAAGAAUGGCUUUUUGAAAAAAAUACAGCAGUAUAAAAGUGUGUAGUGAACACAUUAUAGACCAAUCCCUAACACACAACUGCCCUGCUGUUAAAUUAUUAACUUCUAAAUGCUAAAUAAACAGUACCAGGCAGCUGUUAACUUUUUAAAAAUAUUUAAUUGGUAACAUUAGCCCUUGGAUCUUGUGCAAUAACAGCAACACCACAGUAAGAGUUCCAGAUUUGGCAGUGAUGGCAUCAUGAUCAUCAUUAAGUCUCUGGUAGGUUUACUUUGACGUUGCUACUGAAAGCAAGAGACCUAUACAAAAAACAAUGUUGACUUUGGACGAUUUGAAAAAAACCUUAUUUACUUUCAUCUGCUAUAUCUUCAGCUUUAUUCUGUUUGUGAUGAUGUUACUCAGCCAUAUAUGCAAUCAUUUGCACAGGGACCAAAAGGCCUGCUGGUAUCAUUUGAACCAGACGUUUACAAACUUUCCAGUUUCUUACCGAUAGAGAGUUUCUUUGUUAAUGACAAAUUCACUGUGAUUUCCUUCCUGUCUCCCAGCUGAAUAUCAUUUUUGAGUUUAUUUUUUCUGAUCACAUUCUUGUAGCAACAUUUGUGUACAUUAUGCUGGUAUUUGUUAUGGUAAAUCACAUUUUUUGUCUGGUGCACUGUGAUAUAACUUGUUUUUAAGGAAAUAUGUAUUUCUGUCACAUUGUAAUUAAAUAGCAAUGCAAAACGCAGAUUGUUUUGCCGUGUUCUGUUAGAAUUGCCCAUUUUGUGCUGCCAGUAAUAUUCCUGUUGGGUAAAGGUCUAUGUUUUUAACUGCACACAAAUGUGUAGUUUACCUGGCACACAUGCCCAUACUAAAUAAUUGGUUGUGGGAUCACUAAUAUAAAAUAAGCAUUUAUAGCAAGCUGAUUUAAAAUAUACAUGAAAAUCCAAUCGGUCCAACUGUGAAGUGUUCUGAAAAUUAGGCUGUGAAGCAACACUUUAGGUUGUUUUCUGUUGUGAACAUUUUUUUAGGAGAGAAUAGGUGUAGUUUGGUGAAUUGGCAGCUGCAAUUUUUUUUGUACAAACUAUAAAGUUGUAAUUACAUCCUUGCAGUGAGUUCUGUUUGUUUAAGUUCAAGAUGUGCACUCCAUUAUUUCAGAAGAACCAUUCUGCUUUUUGAAGUAGGCAUUGUGUUGUGUUACUUAAAAUAAUGUUAAUUUUUGCUCAUAAAAAUUAAAAUAAAACAAUGGAAUUCAAUUUAAUUGAAGACCAGGAAGGUUGGAUAUGGGUCUGAGUGCAUUAAAUCCAAUUACAUUUCUCCAUUUAAAACACGGAGCUUCUCAUUUUUAUCUGUUUAUCAUUAGGUGGAGAUAGGUUGCAUGGAGCCAUAAACUAGCUACUUCUGCAGGCCGGUGUACACAGUAAGUCUGAUUAAAAAGGAAUGAAAAGCAGCUGUCUCUCUCCGAUUUGAUGACUAUCUGAAAAACCUGUUUCAAAUUUUAAACAUUUCAGUGUGUUACAUUUAUGUGCAUUUGUGUCAGAAUGUCUUUAUAUUCAAUGAUUUUUCAGUUUGAAGUUAUUUACAUCACAGGGUUACAGGUUUGCAACCAAAGGUGAGAAGAUAUUUACUUUAUUCUGAAGUCUAUAUCUCAUUAGCAUAUCAGAUAUGUAUAUUAGUACAUUUUGCAACUGAACAAAAAUUAGAGUAUUUCAAAACAAAGAUAUAGGAAUUGAAGUUUUGUUGAGUUACUUAUUUGUCAGUGAUCUGUUUGUUAGUCAUUUUGCUCUUCAUUCCAAAUGCAAAAUUUGAACAGGUUCGGUGGAGUUUCCACGUUCUCCCUGUGUCUGUGUGGGUUUCCUCCCACAGACCAAAGAUGUGCAGAUUAGCUGGUUUGGUCAUGCUAAAUUGCUCAUAGGUUACAGGGAUGUGCAGGGUGGGUGGAUUAGCCAUGGCAAAUGCAGGGUUACAGGGAUAGGCUAUGGAUGGGUGUGUGUGGGAUGCUUUUCAGAGGGUCAGUGUUGAUUGAUGGUCAGAAUGGCCUGCUUCCAUACUGAAGGGCUUCUAUGAUUCUAUUACAAACCAAAUCUCAUGUCAGGAAUGGAUGAGGAGGAUGAGCAAAGGCGUACUAGGUGUGAAUGUAGCUUCAGCGCACAGGAUGAAAGCCUAUGCCAAUUUGGGAGUUUGCAUGGUUUGAACUCUGCUUCAUAGGCAUGAAGUAACAAUACAACAUCGUAAGAAGUUUAUUUGAGAGAGCAACGUUUAGGAAAUGGAGAUGUCACACUCUACAGUUUUGUGUACACCUCUGAAAUUGAUGCCGAGGCUCAGCUAAGGGAGCGCCAUACAGUACUGUGCUGUAGCUGACCUUGUGUAGUAUUGGAUUUUCUUGCCUUUUCGUGGGUGUUGCAUGUUAUACAUUGAUAGUGACCUGAAUGAUACUGUUAGUACUUCCAAUUUAAUGCUGAACUAAAAUUAUUGUUGACAUGAUUUAGCUUUUACAUCUGCAGUUACUGUGUAUUUUAAAGUUGAAGAAAAAUUGUCAAUCCUGGAAAGAGAGAGAUCCAAAAAACUAGCUCUUUAUAAUAGCUAUGACGUUUAAAAAAAAGCGAGAAUAACUACAGUGGCUAUACCCUUUUGAAAUGACAGUUAAUAGGAAAGCUUUUAUUAAAAAUCAUGUUAGUUUACUUCAAAGCCACUGUCAAACAAAUUUUUUUGAAUGUUUUGUUCAGCUUUCACAAUUUAAAAUAAGUCAUUUACAAAUUUUGUCAAAUAUUGUUUGAUAUCCAGUAGCUCCCUUAUCGUCAGAAUUAUUGCAUACGUGGAUUUAUUACAUGUUGUUCUGAAACAAACAGCGUUUUGUUCUUGGACACACUUUAUUUACACUUAACUUAUAAAAACACAACAAGCAUGCAGCUGCCAAUUCAUUAGUUAGGCUGUUCAUUUUGAUUCCUAGGAUGUAUAUCUUGGGUAUUGCAGCUGUUGAUAUAUUGCAUGUUAGAUAUAUUUCGUUGCUGGCUCUAAGUGAAUGUAUCAUCAAAUUGUAUCUUUUCAUAGUUUUUUUGUAAAAUAGUUUGUAAUCAAAGUUUACAUUGUAGC